CGCAAUGAAGUUGCUGAAGCUGUUCUCUGUUUUCAAACACACACACAAUCCGAUAUUUUCUGAAACAAAUGUUUAGAAGCAAAGUGUGUAAUAGUGCAUAAAGCUUGAAAAUUUGGAAGGAAAAAAAGAGGAACUAAACAUUAACAUGGAAGGUAUUUACCAUACUGUACCUAUACCUGAUGUCAACAACAACAAAGCAAGCAAAGACCAGAAAAGUAAAGAACAUGAUAAUUACACACGAUCCCACAUAAAAGAGAGUGGAGAUGAGAAUACCAUGUUACCUCCAGGAUUAGCAGGUCCCCCCAGGAAAGUUAUCUAUCCAGUUGGAAUGAUACCACAAAUGCCUUUCCCAGGGGUUCCACCACCACCACCUUCCAAACAGAUUUGGGACAGGAUGCAUAGUGCGCCAUUGAUUUCCCACUGUAGAAUGUCAUAUCGUGGUCCUCAGCCAAGACCUCAAGAUGUACCUGUUCACAUGGUCCAAAGUUCACAGUCAUCUAGGACUGUUAUAUCACCAAUAGUAUGUGCACAAGGAUUUUAUCAUGGUUUAACUUCUCCAAAAAACAAUCAAAAUACACACUCUAAACAGAAAUAUAGACAUAAGUCAGAAAUAGAAAAUGGUGAUCAAAAUGACAGUGGAGUUGUUGUAGAAGGCUCACCAGGAUUUAUUGGACCAAUUUUGCCAAAAGAAAAGAAAUUAAAACCUUCAAGCGACAAAGUAUCACCUUUAUCUGCCAUUAGAAAAUUAUUGGGUAAAGAUAAAGACACUCCUAGAAAAAGGUUAGUGGACUAUUCUUAUAGUGAAACAGAGGAAUCUGAAGAUGAUCGUUCAAGGUCAUCACAGGGUGAGAAAAGAUUAAAAGAGAGCAAGGAUGAUGUUAUACAAGUACAUGAUUCAAAUUCUGAGGAAGAAAAUUCUUUUAAACAAAAGAUACAUUUGAGAAAAAAUCAUGUUCAUUCAAAGCAUUUACCUGACACAGAAUCUUGUCAGAAAACUAAAACAAGGGGUUCAAGUGAUGUCCAUCCAGAAAUUGAGGAAGGAGAAAUUACAGAGGACUCAGAUGAUGGAUCAUCAAAGUUUCAGGAUUGUUCCUCAACAAUCAGUAAUUAUCAAAUACUGCAAACUGUUCUUAAUCAAAAGUUUCCUAAAUAUCACAAGACUAAGAAAGCAGUUGUAGACAAUGAUUUGGUUGAUUUAACUGAUGAUGGGUCAGAAAUUAUUAGUGUGGCAUCACAGGAGAGUACAGAAAGGGAUGUCAAACCGAAGAAGCUUCAUUGGAAUGCAACAUUCUGGCAGAGUCCAGACUCAUGUAAUGAUUCCCCUUUGAGUGGCUAUUCCAUGAUGUUUCCUCCAUACACUUAUCCUGGUUGGGUCAGUCAAGAAAUGAUAGCAGCUGGCUAUACACCACCCAGUCCAAACAUUGGAAACAAUAGUCGCCUUUCAAAUGAAUCUUGUCAAGCAGAGUUCUCAUCAAGGCAAAAUACCACAAGUCCAACAGACUCAGGAAUAUCUCAAACACCAGAAAAAUAUUCUCAGUCUCAAAAAGAAGAAAAUGAAGAAAGUACAUUAAAACGUGGAAGUGUAUCUAUGCGGGGAAUGACUGCAAGAAUGAGGUUCCUUAAUAACAGCAAACUAAUGGAUAAUGAAAAAACAUUUAAAGAUAGACUUGCUAUGUAUCCGAAAAACACACGAAAUGAAACUGAUUCUGACAGUCUGAGUCAGUCAUCAUGGACCUUUAACUGGAAAAUACGGUUUAUGGAGAAUUGUAGGAAACACCAAGGAAACUAUAUAGAUUCUCAUUGUCAUUUAGAUUUCUUAUUCACAAGAACAGAGUUUGGUGGAACAUGGUCAAAGUUUAAAGAAGUCAAUAGUGACACAAUUCCACCUAACUUUGAAGGAUGUGUAGCUGUGUUUUGUCAUCCAAGUAGUUUUAGAUCUGAUGGAUUAUGGAAUGAGAUUGCCAAGGAGAAAGAUGUCUGGAUAACAUUCGGCUGUCAUCCAAAGAAUGCUACAGAAUUCACAGAUAGAACAGAAAUGAACCUUAAAUUCUGUCUCAUGAAUCCAAAAGUUGUGGCCCUUGGUGAAAUAGGGUUGGACUAUUCUGGCAUCUUUGAGAAACAUAAAGAGGUACAACAGAUAGUAUUCAGAAAGCAGAUACAGAUAGCACUUGAUAUGAACAAACCAUUAGUUAUACACUGUAGAGAUGCUGAACAAGAUACACUAGCCAUAUUGGAAGAGAUGGUACCAAAGAAUUAUAAAAUACACUGCCAUUGCUUCACUGGGAACUAUGAAUCUGCUAAGAAAUGGAUGGAUAUGUUUCCUAAUCUAUUUAUAGGACUUACACCACUUGUUACUUAUAAAUCAGCUACCUCUACACAUGAAGUAGCCAGAUUUAUACCGUUGGAACGCUUGUUAUUGGAGACAGAUGCUCCAUACUUUAUUCCUAGAAAGUGUCCACGAAAAGAAUUUCCACAUUCACAUCCGGGUAUGGCUAUAACAGUGGCAGAAGAAGUUUCAUACAUUAAAAGAUGUCCAAUAUCAGAAGUUCUUUACAGUUGUAGACAGAAUACAAAAUUGAUGUACGGAAUAUGACAAAAUAAACAGCUGUUUUGAUAAUAUGUAAGCAGAUGAAAAGUAACUAGUGGAACAGUAAUCUUAUCUAGUUACUGUGGUCAGUUUGGUUGUUAUACUGUACAUAGAAAAUCAACACAGUCAUAUUUUCAGAGCAUUUGGUCUUUAAACAAAAUAACAUUGAAGUAUUAGUCUGUUAUAUAAUUUUUUAAUUUUUUUACUUGUUGUUAUACGAACGCAAAAAAAUUUUUGUGGUCGUAUAUUGGUAUGACGUUGGCGUCGUCGUCGUCCGAAGACGCAUUAGUUUUUGCACUCUAACUUUAGUUUAAGUGAAUGGAUCUCUAUGAAAUUUUACCAUAAGGUUCAAUACCACAAAAGGAAGGUGGGGAUUGAUUUUGGGGGUUAUGGUACCAACAGUUAAGGAAUUAGGGGCCAAAAAGGGGCCAAAAAUAAGCAUUUUCUAGAUUCCAGACAAUAACUGUGGAACGGUGUAUGGAUCUCUCUGAAAUUAUACUACAAGUUUCCAUACCACAAAGGGAUGGUUAGGAUUUGCUUUGGGGGGUUAUUGCUCAAACCGUUUAAGAAUUAGGGGCAAAAAAGGGGGAAAAACAAGGUUGUCCUCAUUAAUGGACAAAUACUUUAGUACAAAACAUAAUUUAAAGCAGUGUAAGGGAGAUAAAUCAAAUACAUCAUUGAAAUUAUCUCCCUUACACUGCUUUAAAAUUAUGUAUAAAGUAAUGGUUAAUGAACAAUUAAGAUAAUUUAAAACAGUGUAAGGGAGGUAAUCCAAAUACAACGUUUUGGUUACUUCCCUUACACUGCUUUUAAAUUAUGUUUAAAGAAAUGCAUAUUUAUAAAGGAAGACCAGUAUGGCGCAUUAGAUUUGUAAAAUCUUUGACCACAUUUAUUUAUUUGUUAUACCGAAUCUAACCGUGUAUUUAGAUUUUUAAUUUUGGGUCCAGUUUUCAAAUUGGUCUACAUUAAGGUCCAAAGGGUCCAAAAUUAAACUUUGUUUGAUUUUAACAAAAAUUGAAUAUAUGGGGUUCUUUGAUAUGCUGAAUCUAAACAUGUAUUUAGAUUUUUGAUUUUUGGCCCAGUUUUCAAGUUGGUCCAAAUUGGGGUCCAAAAUUAAACUUUGUUUGAUUUCAACAAAAAUUGAAUAUAUGGGGUUCUUUAAUAUGCUGCAUCUAACCAUGUAUUUAGAUUUUUUAUUUGUGGGCCCCCUAUCAAAUUGGUUCAUAUUGAGGUCAAAAGGGUCCAAAAUUAAACUUUGUUUGAUUUCAUCAAAAAUUGAAUUAUUUGGGUUCUUUGAUAUGCCAAAUCUAACCGUGUUUUUAGAUUUUUAAUUUUGGGUCCCGUUUUUUUUAAUUGGUCUACAUUAAGGUCCAAAGGGUCCAAAAUUAAACUUAGUUUGAUUUUAACAAAAAUUGAAUUUUUGGAGUUCUUUGAUAUGCUGAAUCUAAACAUGUGUUUAGAUUUUUGAUUAUGGGACCAGUUUUCAAGUUGGUCCAAGUUGGGGUCCAAAAUUAAACUUUGUUUGAUUUCAACAAAAAUUGAAUAUAUGGGGUUCUUUGAUAUGCUGAAUCUAAACAUGUAUUUAGAUUUUAGAUUUUUGGCCCAGUUUUCAAGUUGGUCCAAAUUGGGGUCCAAAAUUAAACUGUUUGAUUUCAACAAAAAUUGAAUAUAUGGGGUUCUUUGAUAUGCUGAAUCUUACCAUGUAUUUAGAUUUUUUAUUUGUGGGCCCGCUAUCAAAUUGGUUCAUAUUGAGGUCAAAAGGGUCCAAAAUUAAACUUUGUUUGAUUUCAUCAAAAAUUGAAUUAUUGGGGUUCUUUGAUAUGCCAAAAUUAACCGUGUUUUUAGAUUUUUAAUUUGGGUCCCGUUUUUUUUAAUUGGUCUACAUUAAGGUCCAAAGGGUCCAAAAUUAAACUUUAGUUUGAUUUUAACAAAAAUUGAAUUCUUGGGGUUCUUUGAUAUGCUGAAUCUAAACAUGUGUAGAUUUUUUAUUAUGGGACCAGUUUUCAAGUUUGUCCAAGUUGGGGUCUAAAAUUAAACUUUGUUUGAUUUCAACAAAAAUUGAAUAUAUGGGGUUCUUUGAUAUGCUGAAUCUAACCAUGUAUUUUGAUUUUGGACAUUGGACCAUAAUAGGUAAAUUAAAAAAAUUGAAGUUCUUAGACCACAUUCUUUCUGUGUCAGAAACCUAUGCUGUGUCAAAUAUUUAAUCACAAUCCAA